GUGGUGCCAGGCUGCAGCGGGCCGGGCAAGAUGGCUGCCGUAGAGGCCGAGACAGGGUUGCUGACCCUGGAGUCGCUGCCCACCGACCCUCUGCUUCUCAUCUUAUCCUUCGUGGACUACAGGGACCUAAUCAAUUGUUGCUAUGUUAGUCGAAGACUUAGCCAGCUAUCAACUCAUGAUCCACUGUGGAGAAGACAUUGCAAAAAAUACUGGCUGAUAACUGAGGAAGAGAAAGCCCGGAAGAAUCAGUGCUGGAAAUCGCUCUUCAUAGCUACUUACUCAGAUGUAGGAAGAUACAUCAACCAUUAUGCUGCUAUUAAAAAGGCCUGGGAUGACCUCAAGAAGUACUUGGAGCCUAGGUGUCCUCGGAUGGUUUUAUCUCUGAAAGAGGGUGCGCGUGAGGAAGACCUGGAUGCAGUAGAAGCUCAGAUCGGUUGCAAGCUCCCCGAUGACUAUCGCUGCUCAUACCGGAUCCACAAUGGGCAGAAGUUAGUGGUUCCAGGGUUGCUGGGAAGCAUGGCACUGUCAAAUCACUACCGCUCUGAAGAUUUAUUAGACGUUGACACUGCUGCCGGAGGAUUCCAGCAGAGACAGGGACUGAAAUACUGUCUCCCUUUAACCUUUUGCAUACAUACUGGCUUGAGUCAGUACAUAGCCGUGGAAGCCGCAGAGGGCCGAAAUAAAAACGAAGUGUUCUACCAGUGCCCAGAUCAAAUGGCUCGGAAUCCUGCUGCUAUUGACAUGUUUAUCAUAGGUGCUACUUUUACUGACUGGUUUACAUCCUAUGUCAACAAUGUUGUAUCAGGUGGCUUCCCUAUCAUCAGAGACCAGAUUUUCAGAUAUAUUCAUGACCCAGAGUGUGUAGCAACAACUGGAGAUAUUACAGUCUCAGUGUCCACAUCGUUUCUGCCAGAACUCAGCUCUGUGCACCCACCACACUAUUUCUUCACAUACCGAAUCAGGAUUGAAAUGUCAAGGGACGCUCUUCCUGAGAAGGCCUGUCAGUUGGACAGUCGCUACUGGAGGAUAACAAAUGCUAAAGGGGAUGUGGAGGAAGUCCAGGGACCUGGAGUAGUUGGUGAAUUUCCCAUUAUUAGCCCAGGUCGGAUAUACGAAUACACCAGCUGCACCACAUUUUCUACAACAUCAGGCUAUAUGGAAGGGUAUUAUACCUUCCAUUUUCUGUACUUUAAGGACAAGGUCUUUAAUGUUGCCAUCCCACGAUUCCAUAUGGCAUGCCCAACAUUCAGGGUGUCUAUAGCCCGAUUGCCACAACAUUUCUAUUGAUCAUUGAAAAGGAACAACACUUCGUUUUGAUGGAUUUUCUGUAGUUUCUCUUUUCUAUUUCACGCUUGGUGCACUUGUUUUUAUUUCUCUUCUGCUUACCUUGGGUUUCAUUCGCUUUUCCUGUAGCUUUUAAAGGUAGAAGUUUAAUUAUCGAUUGUAGACCUUUCCUGUUUCUAAGCCCUGUUUUAGCUGUUAUUGUACAAAUUCUGAUGUUAUAUUUUGGUUAAUAUUUAGUUCAAAAUACGCUCAGAUUUUCCUUGUAACUGAUUUAAGACUGCAUAGAAAUAUGUUAAUUUUCAAGUGUUUGGAAGAUUUUAGUUAUCUUUUGCUUAUUGAUUUCUAAUAUUGUGGUUAGAGAACUUAUUUUGUAUUGCUAAUAUUUUUUAAUGUUUUAUGACCCCAAAUUAUGUGAAGAAUUUCUAUAUCUUGGUCAAUGAUCUUUGUGUCUUUGAAAAGAAUGUAUACUCUACCAUGUGAGAAUUUAUUCUAUAAUGACAGGCCACACUGGCUGGCUGUUUGCCAGUGUGUGUCAAGUCAUCUGUAUUUUUAUUGCUCUUUCUUUAAACUUUUGUUAUUUCAACCAUUGAAGAGACUAUUGUUGAAAUCUUUAAUGGCUUUGCCCACUGCUUACUUAUUCUUGUCACAUUUGCCUCAUGCAUUUUGAAGUUAUGUACUUGUGUGCCAGUGCUUAGAUUGUUGUCUGUUUACGGCAGUGGUUCUUUGACUCUUAUUCGUCUCUAAUAACAUUCCUUGUCCUAGCUUAAGAGCAUUGAGGCAUGUGUGGGCAGGCAGUCGAAUUGGGUCAGUUGAUCCUUUUGUUGCUUGUCUUUAAUAUUUGUUUCAGUGGAUGUAAAGUAUGGGUUUAAAGACAGUGGUUCUCAAGCCUUUGGGCCUCACCACCUCCUUAGAUGUAUAAACACCAUUGAUGCCUAAGAACCUGUUUACACAGUCAUUGUCAGUAUUUACCAUAUUGGAAAUGAAAACAGGACAGUUAUAAUAGUAUCAGUUCCUUUUAAAAUUAAAAUAAAUAAACCCUUUACAUGUUCAACCCUCUCAACUGUAUUUAUUUAUUUAAAGCUUUUGUUUCUGCUCAACUAUAAGAAAAAGUAUUUGACUUGUUUUACAGAAAGUGUUUUUUCAAAGAUGGAGAGUCAUUAGAAAAAAUGAGAAUUGUGACUUAAUCAACAUAAAAAAGACAGUAGGGCUGUAUUUAUUGACCUUUCUUAUUUCUGUUAUCUUCCUUGAUAUGGAAGUUGAAUUUUGUUUUGCAUUUUUGUCCCCCACCAGUCUGAUUAAUUGCUAGGCUUCAUAAUUUUUUUUUAUACUUGGCACUGUAAAUGGCUUCUCUGCUUAGUUUAAUGAUGUCCCUGUGUAGUUACUUACUGUGCUUGACUGAGGCACUAGGAACAUUCUGGAUGCUUCUUUAUGUCCCUCCUCCUCUCUUGUCUGCUAUUCCUAUAGUACACUAUCAUCUGAAUAUUUCUCUUUCUAAUCACAGUUGAUUCCUUUAACAGUUCUUGUUUUCUUAAUAUAAUAAUCAUACUACCUGAUAAUCAUGUUUUAGGAUUUCCAAAGGCUUCCCCAUCCCUCCUUUUGUACCUCCUGCAAAAUUUUGAAGUCUUCAGUCCUUAGAUUUAAAAAAAAAUCUGAAGUUAAAAAUAAUGAAAUAACAUAAGUCACAUUUGUGUAUAUUUUCUGAUUGUUAUUGUGUGUUAUAAUAAAUCCUAAAUGACACAAUUCUUUUCUCCUACAUUUUCAUUUGCUCUCUCAACAAGUGAGUACUGUAGCAAACAAUAUAAUCAAAAGCCUUGGAUUUCAUACUCUCUUUGGAAGGAAAGAACUAAUAUGUGCUCUUGGGUCAAGUAUCAAAUGUGGUAGAAAAAAAUAGGUGCUAAAGGGAGUAUCCUGUCGGGCUCUGUUCUAAAGAUGUGUCAGGAAAGGUCUUGGUAAUAUCUAAGUAGAAAUAUGGAAGGAAGGAAGGAAGGAAGGAAGGAAGGAAGGAAGGAAGGAAGGAAGGAAGGAAGGAAGGAAGGAAGCCAUGUGGAUUUGUGGAAUAAUAUUCAGCCAAGAAGUACUUGGUAUGAGGGUUCUUAGGGAACUGUGAGCUUAGUGUGAUCGCAGGAGGCUCGAGUACAGAGAACAAGGGAGAGCAGUUAUAAAUGAGGUCUGAAUAGCCACUCUCAGUACAUGAGAGCCUGUUAUAAAAAAGAGGGGCCAGAGUAGUGCUAAUGAUAUUAAUGCAGUAAAAGCCAUGGUGGGGGGGACUUUUGUUGACACCAUGCACUAAAUUUCUCAGUACUGAGAUGGCCAGCUGAGCCCUGACUCUUCAUUGAGUCUUCAGAUGUGUGUUAGAGAAGAUUAGCAGCCAAAUUAUAGCCACAACUCGAUUGGGGAUGCCUGCUUAAGCAGAAUGGCAUUCCAAGAGAUGGUCUGACACUGCAUGCUCCUCGCCUCUCCUGUCCUAGAGCCUUCACAGCUCCCUUUUCCUACAGUCUUGAGUGGUCUUAGGAAUGCAUCUCUCUAGGGACUCGGCAAAGUGACACUCGGCUGAGGCUGAGUUAGAAAAGGCAGUCUGCCUUUAGGCCUGGAACAUGUGCCUUUGGUGUUCUGGGACCUAGUGUGAGAAGUCCAGUUCCCAUGAAGCAGCCAUAGAAAGCCUGUAGAGAUUUAACCACAAGGUGGAAGGAAGUGCCCACUCCAGGCUCCAGAUAUUUGGAUCAUCCCAGUCCAGGUACCAGACAUGUGAGUGAAGAAGCCCUUGAGGUGAAGCUUGGUUCCAGUCAUCAUUCAGCUGUAUCACCAUGAGAGACUUGAAGCCAGAAGUAUUCCACUGAGUGCUUCCCAGAUAUCCAACCACGGGAGCCAAGAGCAGACAAUUGACUGUUGUUGUUACGAGCAACUGGAAAAAUAAAAUAUUUCUUUUUCAAAA